GCUCACGAAGCAGUCGAAAAUGGCGGAGAAGCAGAGCACCGUCAAGCGACCUCCUCGGAGCCUUAACGACAGCCAUUAUCGCUUCCUUCAAGACCUUUCCGCUCCUCCCAAACCCAAACCCUCUGAUGGGGAUUUUGAGGAUUCCGAGGAUGAGAAAUCGCGAUUGAAGAUGAAGAUCGAUGGUGGAAUUGGCCUGAGCGAAGCUGUGUCUGGAGAUAGUGUUGUCGAUGUUCCCAGUUUCUCUGUGUUCGCCGAUUUCGAUACUCCUCCUGAACAAGAAAAGCCUAUAAAGGUUAAAAUUAAGGGCAGGCGCCGUCUCUGCAAACUCUCAUCUCAGGUUAAUAAGGAAAGUCCGGAGGAAAUAUUGGUGCCUGAUGAGCCUACUUUUUCUGAUAUUGCUGAUUUUGAGUCACCACCACCUCCACAUCCCCGAGUUGUAAAUGACAGUGAUAAAAAUGGCGGAGAUAAUGAAAUUAGGGAUAUACUCAAUGAUUUGGGUGCAAGGCUUGAGUUUCUGUCGAUUGAGAAGAGAAAGGACAUAAAUAAAACGAACACAUUUGAAGGUUCUUUGCCUGUGUUUAAGUAUAAUAAAGAGAUUGAUGAGGAGAAGAAGGUUGAUCUGCCUGAGUAUGCAAGUGCAGAGUCUUCAUUUUCACUUGCAUCUGAUGCAUCUGACUCCUCGUCAGAUGCUGCUAAGAAUGAUAAAAGUUGUACUGAGAGAGUGGAUUGCGAGUAUGUAAAGGAUAGAGGCCUCCACUAUGAGCAUGAGAGUGAGGUGUCCAGCAAAACUGAUCACAGUAAUGUGGGUGGCAAUUUCAUGCCUAAACAUUCUUUUGUCUCUCAUGUUAAGGAAGUGGAGGAUAGCAGGCAUAGUGAGCAGAAGGGUGGUAAUCAUGUGGGAAGGAAGCAUGUGACUGCGAAACAUGAUGAAUAUAAGAAAAGUGAAUUUUCAAGGAUUGAUAAGAAAUUAGUUAGAUUGGGAAAAUCCUCCACGUAUCAGUUUGGAGAAAGAGAAGACAGUGAUGAAGAUGAUUGUGUCGUGUUGAGUGGCAACAAAAUUGCUAAGGAAGUAGGAAGGAAAGGUAAAAUGUUGAAGGAGCGUGAUGUUUCUAAUGGUGACGACAUCUUCAAAGAUGAUAGUUCUAUAACUCUGCCUGGUUCAAACUAUACAUACAACUUGCAUGGUGAUGUUGCAAAAAUGUUGUAUCCUCAUCAACGUGAUGGUCUUAAGUGGCUAUGGUCUCUUCAUUGUCAAGGUAAAGGUGGAAUUCUGGGGGAUGACAUGGGUUUAGGCAAAACAAUGCAGAUUUGUGGAUUUUUAGCUGGACUAUUUCAUUCACGUUUGAUUAAGAGGGCAUUGAUUGUAGCCCCCAAAACAUUACUUUCUCAUUGGAUCAAAGAGUUAUCAGUUGUUGGUCUAUCUGAUAAGACGAGAGAAUACUUUGGAACUUGUGCAAAAACUCGGCAAUAUGAGCUUCAAUAUGUACUUCAGGACAAAGGCAUUCUUCUUACAACUUAUGAUAUUGUGCGGGCAAACACAAAAUCUUUACAGGGAGAUAAAAGAUACAAUUACUUUGAUGAUGAUGAUGAAAGUGAGGAUAAUGUAACAUGGGAUUAUAUGAUUCUUGAUGAAGGGCACCUAAUAAAGAAUCCUAGUACCCAAAGAGCCAAAAGUUUGCUUGUGAUACCAAGUGCCCAUCGUAUAAUAAUCAGUGGCACACCAAUUCAAAACAAUCUCAAGGAGUUAUGGGCAUUGUUCAACUUUUGUUGCCCUGAACUUCUUGGUGAUAAGCAAGGGUUUAAGGAAAGAUUUGAGAAUGCUAUUCUUCGUGGGAAUGAUAAAAAUGCUUCAGAGAGGGAAAGGCGUAUUGGUUCAGAAGUUGCAAAAGAACUUCGGGAAUGUAUUCGGCCUUAUUUCUUGCGUCGAAUGAAGAGUGAAAUAUUCAAUGAAGAUGCGAAUGAAGGAAAUACUAAGCUUUCUAAAAAGAAUGAGAUGAUUGUGUGGCUAAGAUUGACUACCUGUCAGCGACAACUUUAUGAAGCAUUUUUAAAGAGUGAGCUGGUUCUUUCAGCUUUUGAUGGCUCUCCUUUAGCUGCACUAACGAUCUUGAAGAAAAUAUGUGAUCAUCCACUUUUGUUAACAAAGCGUGCUGCUGAAGAUGUACUAGAAGAGAUGGAUUCAAUGCUGAAGCCAGAAGACAUUAAUGUGGCAGAAAAAUUAGCAAUGUACAUAGCAGAUGCUGCUGAGACAGAUGGCUUUGAAGAGAACCAUGUCAACAUCUCAUGCAAAAUAUCCUUCAUAUUAUCUUUACUGGAGGACCUAAUUCCAAAGGGGCAUAAUGUUCUAAUAUUUUCCCAAACUCGCAAGAUGCUUAAUCUCAUUCAGGAUUCACUAGUAUCCAAUGGCUAUGAGUACAUGCGCAUUGACGGUACCACAAAAGCUACUGACAGAGUAAAGAUUGUUGAUGAUUUCCAAAAUGGUGGUGGGCCUCCUAUAUUUCUCCUAACAUCUCAAGUGGGUGGUUUGGGCCUAACGCUCACAAGAGCAGAUCGUGUCAUUGUAGUUGAUCCUGCGUGGAACCCAAGUACGGACAACCAAAGUGUUGAUCGUGCAUAUAGAAUAGGGCAAACAAAGGAUGUCCUUGUAUAUAGAUUAAUGACAUGCGGGACUGUUGAAGAAAAGAUUUACAGAAAGCAGAUAUACAAGGGCGGUUUAUUCAGAACGGCAACUGAGCACAAGGAACAGACCAGAUACUUUUGCCAAAAUGAUCUUCAAGAGCUUUUCAGUCUUCCAGCACAGGGUUUCGAUGUUUCCCUUACUCAGCAGCAAUUGCAUGAAGAGCAUGAUCGCCAGCAUAUAGUAGAUGAUGAUCUGAAGGCCCACAUAGAAUUUUUGGAGAGUCAAGGUAUAGCCGGAGUUAGUCAUCAUAGUUUACUCUUCUCCAAGGAAGCGCCCGCACAAGAUGUACAGGGAGAGGAAGAAGUGAGAAGAAAGCCGGCGGCUGCAUUUGUGGGUGCUUUGGCAUCGAGUGUUUCAAUUGAACGAAGUAUUGAUGGUGCUGGGUAUGCCUUCAAUCCAAAGGACAUAAGAUUGAACAAGAAAACACCGUCACCAGAUAGUGAAGGUAAACUGACGGAAUCCGAGAUUAAAGAGAGAAUCAGUCGGCUAUCCAACACUCUUGCAAAUAAGGCUAUGGUUUCAAGAUUACCAGAUAAUGGACAGAAGAUACAAAUACAAAUUGCAGAAUUGAGCGCCGAACUUCAUAGAAUCAAGAUGAAGAAAGAAAAUAAAAAGGAAGUAAUUGAUUUGGAUAGCUUAACCAGUGAAUUUAACAAGGUAUUGAAUGUAUAGUGUUUUUGUUGUUGAACAAUGAAAACUGAGAAAAGAAACAGUUACCCAUGUUAUUUUGCUGAGAAAUCUCAGCUCAAAUGCGAAAUUUUGACAAUAGCAAUCCCUUGAGUCAAUUCUGCCUUAUCCAGAGUGGUGAGAUUUGGUGAAUGUUAAUUCCAGUGAUUUUUACUCCCCAGUCCCUUGUUUACCACAACAUUGACGUGAUUUGGCCCCCUUGAUAGCUCUAAUUUAUUUGGAGAUCCUGCUUGGAUCAUGCCAUUUUGUGCAAUUAUCUUUCACUUGGUAUUUGCA